UGUAUAAGACCCUUACUCCACCGGGUUGUAAAACAGAUUAUUCAAGAAGAUGGGACAACUACCAGCUGUUGUCAUCCUAAUACUUGGCAUUGGGGCAUUUGCUCACAGCGCCCGAGCUCAAACUCUGCCGAGAUGCCGGUCGCUGUACAUACACAACGGCAAGCCGCUGCCGGAGACGGAAGCCGGUAAAUACGGCCUGGUGGAGUGUAACCAUGGCUUUACAUUCGCUGAUGGAGCCAUCGCCAAACACAUGUUCUGUGUUCGUCUCCCGGGAAGAAGUGUCGCCAUUUGGGACGGCGUGAAGCCUGAUUGUGUUAACAGCACGCUCCCCUUCAGCCCCCUACCUAAGAACUCAAAGACAUGCAAAGACGUGCAACAAGAGGGAUCCACAGUUAUUGAUCCGGACGGAGAUGGUCGUAUCCAGCCCUUCACAGUAAACUGCAUUCUCAUUAACCAGGAAAUGUGGACCGAACUUGGCCAUAACCUGGCCAAAGACACCACCCUCAAGGGACCAGGGAAUAUCGACCGGUACCUUAACGUGAAUUACCCAGUGUCUAAUGACCAAAUAGAAGCUCUAGUGACCACAGCUGGACAGUGUAGGCAGUAUGUCUCUGUCCGGUGCUAUGAGAUGUCCACGUUUAGUGGCCAGUACUGGUGGAAGUCGAGACAGGGAUACGACAUGGCUAACUGGGGCGGCGCGCCUACAAACAGCUCCAAGUGCGCCUGCGCAUUGUCGAAAAACUGUGCUGGAGGAAGGCAGUGCAACUGCAAUUCAAACGACGGAGUUUGGCGAAGUGAUUCCGGUUAUCUUGAAGACAGCGCGUACCUCCCGGUGUCAAGUCUUCACAUAUACGACCUGGACGAUAGUUCCGAGCAGUCAGUCGUUACUCUUGGGAAACUGCAGUGUUCCGGAGCAAAGGACGCAUGUACGUUCAACAAUGGUAACUGCGCUCAUAGCUGCACGGCAAUAGGAGAACAAGCCGUAUGUUCGUGCAGAGAUGGAUAUGUGCUCGCAGGCGACAAGUUCGGUUGUUUGGACGUAGAUGAGUGCAGUAGCUUCAACGGAGGAUGUGAUCACGUGUGUUCUAACACAGUGGGUGGUUUUCAGUGUUCCUGCAGGACAGGGUUCACCCUGGACAUCAACGGGUUUACUUGUACAGAUAAUGAUGAAUGCAUCCUGAACAAGGGAAACUGCUCCCACACCUGUUCCAACACUGAGGGAUCUUACCGCUGUUCGUGCCCAACGGGUUAUACUCUGGGAAGUGACUUGCAUACCUGUCAAGAUGUGAACGAGUGUCAAACUGGAAAUGGCGGCUGCGACCAUUAUUGCACCAAUUCCCAGGGCUCCUAUUCUUGCUCCUGUCGCCCCGGAUACAAACUGGACUCUGAUGGCCAUACUUGCCUUGAGUAUAUGUCCAAAAACACAACUAAAACUUGCGAAUGUCGUCUGCGCGCUGAACCACCCCACACGGGCCUUGGCACACAUCUCUACGAUUUAACCACACUGAUUUACGGAGAAACACAGCUCUGGGCCUCAGACGACGGCGGUCAGUCCGUCUAUUCUGUUCUGAAUAGAUUCCCCAAUUUCUAUGCAACCCAUAAGAGGCAGACGACAGGAUAUCCGGCGGCUGCGAGUGACGUUGAUUGCGUGAAAGUGUUCCAGAACUGUCCACGCGAUUGUGUGCGCAUGACCCGCCUAAUUCUUGGUAAAGAGAAACUGGGAAUGAAAGUGGCAGGUGAGGUGUUUGGGAGAUUAACAAAUACAACGUUGGGCCAGAACAUGUGUGACAAGCUUCGCCGGGAAAUCGAUUCGCCAGGACGAACAAUCGCUAUCACUUACGAUCCCCAUGCCUGUGGCAACGAGGUUGUGACGUAUCCGUUGUCCCAGAGGCUGUGCUGCACCCUGGUACCAUCUCCCGUGGGUCAUCUCCUGGCGUGGAACUCCAUGUGUGAGGACGGGGACACAUUUUCCAUAGGAAAUAUUAUUGGCUAGAGUGGCAUCCAAGAGUUCAUCCUGACAUCUGCUCAUUACAUAAAAUUGUUCACAAACUGUAUACUAAUAAAAUUCGUUAUUAUUGUAUUACGACUUUCAUGUCGUAGCAAGGAUGCACUAUCUAUCAUUUAUCAUUUUUCAUAUGUUAAAAACACUUAAUGAAACAGUUUUUACUAUGGCAUAUGAAAUGAACCCAACAGCCGAAUUUCAAAUUAAAUAGCCAUUGUCUAUACUGGAAUAAAAGGAAACAAGUC